AUGCCGCCGCCGCUGCUUCUAGAUGACAAUCUCCUCAUGGAAAUCCUGUCAUGGCUUCCGCUCAAACCUCUCAAGCAAGUCAGGUGCGUCUGCAAGUUUUGGAAUUCACUCAUUACCAGUCCUCAAUUCGCUAAACUGCGACAGCAACGAUCAGCAGAUAUCUGCUUGAUGUUCGGAUACCCCGACAUUGAUUCCGGUCAGUACAGUGCCUCAUCUUGUUCUGUAAGUUCGUUUCUGGAAAAUCAUUCACGCAUUGUAGCAGCAAGUCGACAUGAACCCCAGCUUAGGCCAUUGAACAAAAAGUACCUCUUCGCUGAGUACCGUUUCAUCGGAACCUGCUACGGGUUGAUCUCUCUUCUCAACGUCUUAUAUGAUCUUCUGGAUCAAAAAUAUUGUUACCGGAUCAGUUUAUGGAACCCAACUUUGAACUCAAUUUCUCAAGAGUGGCAACCUUUAUAUAGCGUAGAAAAACGUACUUUUGGGUUUGGCUAUGAUUACUUCAGUAACACGUUUAAGGUUGUGGCUGUUAAUAGGACACAAAUGAUGGAAGUUUACAACAUGGGUGGUAAUAGUUGGAGAAGCAUUAAGUCCUCCUAUGCUUUUCCUAAUACACAACAAGAGCAAGAUGGAGUAUACCUGAGCGGUACUCUUAACUGGGUAGGACUUCGCGACAUUGUUUCCUUCGAUUUGGGGAAAGAGAACUGGGCACAAUUGUCACUACCACGAUGUCGCAACUCAUUUGAUAUCACAACUCUUGGGAUUUUGAGGGAUUGCCUAUGUGUAUUUUAUUAUUCGUCGAACCAACAUCUUGUGAUUUGGCAAAUGAAGAAGUUUAGAGUACACGAUUCUUGGACUCAGAUCAUGAAGUUUGAUUACACACGUUCUUCUUUUCCAUUAUAUAAAGCAUUGGUUCCACUUUUCAUGUCUGAUAAUGAUGAUGUCGUGUUGCUGUCGGAAGCUCAAGUACAGGGGCGGAGCCACAGGGGUGGCUUACCGGUGCUCCGCGCCCCCGAGUCUUUUCGAUAUUCAGUUCUACUAUGUAUAUUUUUCUUCUAG